ACGUUGUCCACUCAAAAUCAUUAAUACUAACAACAACUUCUUAAAGAAAAACUACCACAUCGUCAUAAUCAUAGUAAUAAUCUUAGUCACAAUCAAAUUCGUCUUCCUCAAGUUAUUUUUGCAUACAUAUAUACACCAAUAGUAUCUCAGCAACUACCAUUCGCAUCCGAAGCUACCCUCUUUUGUAUGAAAACGACACAAUGACCGCCCUUCAGCGAAUACGGCACCGCUACUUUACAACUGUUUUCCGCUACAUCUCGUUCGUGCUCUCGAAGCCGCGGCUCGUGAUCAUGAUCCCUUGCAUUGUUGUGUUCGUCAUGGCCUACAACGUUCUCUACGACUUCACAAUCAAACGGUUCAACUCGCAGUUGGCAGCACAUUUCGGUAGCGUUUCUGCGCUAAACUUCAAUACCAACCCCCGGCCCAACUCGCAGUUGGUAUCACAGCUAUCAGAAAUCGAUUUCUCUGUACCCAAACUGCUUUCCAGCAUAGUUCUAGCAUGGAACAAAGAGACAAUCAUCGACACCAACGGUGACGAUAAUGUGUUUGACGUUCGUUUCUUUACCGCGAUGGAUAUGCUCGUGUCAAACUUGACGACUUCAUUUGAUCACGCCACCGUAAUAUCGCCUCUAUCGUCGCUUCCCAUUGAUAUCACCAGCCCCACAAGUUUAUCCUAUGGCCACAGAAGAGCAGUCCAUUUCAGCAACUACGUCAUUAAGUUCUUCAAUUAUGACAUAAACAACAUGCUCACGUUCUUGUUCUUCAACAAGUUGAUGAAAUCAAACCACAUCAUUAAAUACUCUCAGAGUGUGCGAGUUUUUGUAAUCUACGACCAAGGUAGUGACCUCAAGGAAUAUCUCACGUCUGUGCUUCCCGACAUCGGCAAAGUUCUCGCUGUAGAUACUAUCAUCACUACCACCAACACCGCUAGUAUCCGUGACUUUGUCCACUACUACUUUGUUCAGAACAACUCGUCGUUGCCCAUCAGUGUUUUCCUCACAGUGUGCAAUUCUGUAGUUUUUACUCUGGUCUUGGUAUUAGUUUUGCUUGUGUAUCUCUCCAUUGCUAACGAGCACAAAAUCCGCUCCAGCGUCGGACUACUCAUAGGAUGGCUUGUCAGCGGCUUGAUAGCCAGUACAGCUGCCGUCAGUCUUAUCUCCCAAAUUCAUAACUAUCUGUCGUGGAGACUCAUCUUUGAGCCACUGACUAUGUUCACCAAAGCUGCCUACAUGUUCGCUGUGAUGUUGCUCAGUGCUCGCAAUCUCUUCACCACCAUCAACUUCUUGUCUAACAAGAGCGGCGGUGAAUCAGACUUACACAAGCGCUUGUACUAUUUCUACACAGGAUGGCAUGGUUUGCCCAUCUUGUUAAAGAGUCUCUUCUUCAACAUAGUCGGGUUGUUUGCAUUGCAAUGUGUGGGAAUAUAUCUCUUGUACUAUUAUACAGAGGGGUACUUCUUUUCCUACGUAUCGCAUCGUUUUGCCAGAGUCGGCGAAGCCAUUGUUGUAAGCCUUGUCAUCGACUUCAUCUUGCAGUUGUCGUUUCUCUCAGCCAUUAUUGUAAUUGACUUGAAGAGAAUGGACUUGACUGACUACAUCCAGAAUCACCAAAAUUUCAACAUCAGUGACGGAUAUAUGGACAGUGAAGAUGGUGAAUCACGUGGAAGUGUAUUCGAAGGCGUUAACAUCUUCUCGUCCUUGCUUUUAAACUUGCAGGCACCUUCAGAUCUCCGUCCACCAAGAAAAUCUUUAAGGCACAGUUUGGGCCAGUCGUUCUUGAAAGUCAAUUCCAGCACCACUUUUCAUGGCUUUGGUUGGGGUGUCCUCAUAAUAGGAUUGAUACAGUUGCUCGGAAUAUUUAUCCACUGGGUGUUGGUGAUACCGUACCAUUUGCUCAAUGACAAAAGUUCUAUAAUGGGUCUAGGGGAAACAAUUAUACUUCAUAAUUCAAACACCUUGAUCUACUACUUGGAACUCAUAUCUAUAUUGUUGUUCAUUGUUGCUGUGUCAUUCCUAGCAUUCAAGUUUUCUCAUGACCCUGCAACUACUGCUUCUACACCUCAGCAAUUUACGGAAAAGGACUUUCUUCCUGAUGCUAGAUAUUUCAAUGCCAUUGAAUUGCCCAAGGGGUUCAAUAUGGGGCAUACGUUGGAUAUUAUCAAGAUUGAGGCCAAUUCGAAGACUUCUUUCGUGGUCACUAUUGGCCUUGAUCACAAGGUAUUAGUUUGGUCACCUUUAUCAAAUCCAAUUUCUAAACCUAUAGACAUAUCAACUACACUACAAUUACCAAAUGGGCUGAAAACAGAAUUUUGGCCAAUUAACCACGUCUCAAUUAGUGACGAUGGAAGCUACAUCAUUUUGAUUAAUUACAAAUAUGGUCUAAUGAAAUGCUUUGAAAGACAAGAAUUGUGCUACAAGUGGGAAGUACAGUUAACUGAGGAUUUGCUACAAUUGAUUGCAAAUAAGAAGUUUAAAAUUUUGGAAUCAUUCUUUAGAAGAAGAACUGUACCAGGGUUCUUGGCAAGAAAAAUGUUAAUGAAUAAGAAGGCUACAAAGGGAAGGAGCAGACGAGGCAGCGAUGCAUCGACGACAUCAGUGGCUUCAGCAAUUAACGGAAAUUUCCCUCCACCAAUUUCCAUGAAAUCUCAUGGCGGCCAACAACGAGAGAGACAUGAACCCACAGAAGAACAACUUUCCAAAGAAUUAUUGAGAGAUGAGUUUACUAUAGUACUCGAAACUGGAGAUUUGAUUUCAUUUUCAUGUGGAAGUGGGAAGACCAAGACAACAAAUAUUCUAGAAGCAGUCUAUGGUGAUGUUGCAGACGGAUUGCUGUUAAUAUCAGCGUUGAAAGUUACAACUCCGAGAGUUAAUGAUAGAAUUGUUUGUCAAAUCAGCAACUCCGAUUUAAUUGUGGCGACUGCGGUUAAUAACAAUUGGAAAUUCAGGAAAUUGCCAAUUAAAGAAGGAACCUAUAACCAAGAAUUAAAGAUACAACCAUUAAGAGCUCCACCAUCGAGAACUCGCCUUAACGAUUUCAGUUCUGUUUACCAAGAAAAAAUACAGGCAGUUGACAUCAAUAGCGAAGACAAGGAAAAGCCCAAGCUGAUAUCUGAUUUCCAAAUCAAUCGAGCUACCAUUGUCAGUGUUGAAUUUGUUGGAAUGAUCGUUAUAGUUAAAGACCAAGUGGCAGAAUUGAUUGAUAUUCAAAGCGGGAUUGUUUUAAAGAAAUUCAACAUUGGAAGUUUCAAGCCGCUGACAUUCCGAGUGUCGCAUCUGGAGCCUACUCAUUGUAGGUUCUGUGGAUGUGCCUCAAUUCAAUCAUUUUCGAUCUUGUACGAAGACUAUGAUUCACCAACGUUGAUCAUUCACACAUAUAAGAUCGAUAUCAAAAGAUCUAAGACCAAUAUCUGCUUGAGAGUCGAAAGAGAUCCCAGAGAAAUCAGAUGCUUGGGUUUCAACGCAGUGACAGAUCACCAAUUUUGGUACAAUAACAUUGUUGGCUGGGAGUUAACGGAUGUUAACAUGGUAAUCGGAUUGAAACGGAAGCAUACCGUAGAUGAUGACGACAACCAUGGCAAGGAUUUGGACUCUGAAGAGGACUUUACAGCCAACAUCGAUACAACGGAUUUAAAUUCCAUUAUAGAGUACGGGGGCUUGGGGUCUCUUCGAAACAGAAAUAAAAAGAAAACUAAAGCUGCGCUGAACGUAUACAAGUCAGAUCGGUUUACGAUUGAUAAGGCGUGGGAGAGUUUCAUCAUUACUGUGCUCGAUGGCCAGAUGAUCAAUUAUCAGAUUCCAUUGAACAACAAGCUCCGCGACACUGAUUUGAUAAUGAACAAGAUCAAUUGUGUCAAGAAGUACGGUUACAAGUCCAUUAUAUUCAAUGUGGGCAAUCUACUGGAAGUUUUCUACCUAGGGAACGACAAGUUGAUAGAGAACGACUUGUACUAUUCUGGCACAAAUGCCACUAUCUGGUCUGUUUUGGAAGAAGAUGCCCAAAACAAUGGACCUGGAGCUCAACUCAAAGGCGAUUCGGCGGCAAAGCCUCCGCAAGCUGUGAACAGCGAGUUACUCUUCAUAAACAAGAGGAGGAAAAUGAGAGAGAGAAGCAACAUCGGCGGAAAUUCUAUUAUAUCCGUGUAAAAAGUAUAUGUAGCACAGAUGAUUAAGUGAACGACGUUUGAUUUCGGUUACGAAGAUAGCACUAAUCGCAAUCGUAGUCCAUACUGACAAACCCAAUUGGAAAAUAAGCUUAAGCAAGUGACGUAAUUACGAAAGAGAAGUACGCGUUAUCCGUCACCCGUUAAGCGCCGACACACUGAAAGGCAUCGGCCCUAAGUGGCACUCUUGAGUCACUCAUGCUAGUCUUGCUGAAUCAUCAGCCUUAUUAAUUUUAGCAUUUUCUUCCUAUAAUAGGACCACUUUUCAUUGUAAGGCGAAGUCCGAUCCUAAAUCAGCCGAGAAAAUAUUAAAUUUAGAAUAGUAGUAAAUGUAUGGAGUUUGCAUGUA